CCGCAGAACCCUCCAAUAAUCGGAAGCAGCCCCGCCGGCCCAAGCCCAAACCCAAACCCAAACCAAAACCCACUCCUCCCGCCUCCUCCUGGGCCUUCUGGGCCCGCUAUCCGGCCCAAUUCGAUGGCCGAGCGGGCCCGUCUAGCUAACAUCCCGCUUCCCGAAGCUGCCCUAAAGUGCCCGCGCUGCGAUUCGACCAACACCAAAUUCUGCUACUUCAACAAUUACAGCCUCACUCAGCCCCGCCACUUCUGCAAAACCUGCCGUCGCUACUGGACACGUGGCGGCGCCCUACGCAACGUCCCCGUCGGCGGCGGCUGCCGCCGCAACAAACGCUCCUCCAAAUCCAAAUCCCCAGCCGCCACCGCCGCCGCCACGUCAUCACCGUCCCCUUCCGACCCGACCCGCCACCAAACCCUAUCCACCACCAACAACACGAACAGCCACAUCACGGGCUCGACCGCGCUCCCAGACAUGGGCCCGCUUCGUUUCAUGGCGGAGAAUUUCGGAGUGGGCCUGGGAGGUGCUACUUACGCUGGCCCAUUAGAUAUGGGCUUCCAAGCCUCAGUGGGCCUGCUCGACGUGGGCGGCCCAAACAUGCUACAGCACAAUUUCCCGCUGUUUGGGGGUUUGGAGGCGUAUCAGUUCCAAGACCCGAAUUUUAUGGGCUCGUCGGGAUCGGGCCAAAAUCAGGGCCCGAGGGCUAGAUUUCUGGGCCCGAUGAUGAGCCAGCUGGCGGUGAAGAUGGAGGAGAGCCAGCCGGAGAUCAGGCAGCUGAUGGGAGGAUUAAACGAGCCGUGGGGCGGUGGUAAUAAUAAUAAUAAUAAUAAUAAUAAUAAUAACACGGGAGGAGCUGCCACGUGGACUGAGCUAUCUGGAUUCACAACAUCAUCGACGAGCAACCCUUUGUAG